AUCACACGUUUUAGCUUAGUUCGCAGUCACGCGAUGAGAAUAUAUUUGACACCUGACCGUGUGACCAUAUUCUGUUACAUAAAAUGCGAUAACUGAAGUGCACGACUCCUUUGCAUUGUCCUUAGUCACAGUUAUACCGGUUUCCUUAACUGAUGAGUUGGUUUUCAUUUCUUUAAUAAUUUCUCAACCAAUAAUAGAUCCCGUUUGUAAAUCAAAGUUAAUAGGUAUUGUAUCAAUACCGCGAUACAUACUAAGGUAUACAUUGAUCUUCACGAUAAGAAAUACAAUUAUCGACGUUAUGAUUUGUGAUAAAAAAAUACAUUAUCGAACAUAAAUAUUGCUAUAAAUUGAAUCGUGCAUGCUCGCCUUUAUAAGUCCUAUUUAUAAACUUGCACUCAACAAGCGCUCGUAGACGAAGUGUUUUAGAAAUUUUGAAAAUUAACCGACCCGGAUUUUCAACAUGAACGUGAAACAUAAUGAGCCUGGAAAAGCAAUAUACAACAGCAUACUGGAGGUUAUCGGACACACGCCUUUGGUGAAAUUAAAUCGUAUACCAAAAGAUCAUGGAUUGCAAUGUCAAAUGUACGCAAAAUGCGAGUACAUCAACCCAGGUGGUUCGAUAAAGGACCGCAUUGCGCAUACGAUGAUUCAAGAAGCAGAAUAUGAAGGCAAAAUCCAUCCCGGCGUGACCAGGCUCGUGGAGCCCACCUCUGGGAAUACUGGCAUUGGAGUGUCUCUCGUAGCUGCGGUUAAGGGAUACAAGUGUACAAUUGUUACCCCCGAUAAGAACUCCGAUGAGAAAAUGAGCACGAUGAACUUGCUCGGUGCUGAGAUCAUCCAAACCCCAUCCAAUAUCCACCACCAGGAUCCCGGUAGCUUUAUGUCAGUCACCAGGCAGAUACUGGAAGAAGACCCGAAUGCUUAUUCUUUGGACCAGUAUUCAAACCGUUACAAUCCUUUGACGCACCACGAACAUACGGCAGUGGAAAUACUCGACGCCCUUGAAAAUGUGGACAUGUUUGUGAUGGGCACCGGUACUGGAGGGACGGUCACAGGCACAGGCAAGAAACUCAAGGAGAAGUGUCCCGGCUGCACCAUAGUCACUGUCGACCCUGCCGGUUCUAUCAUAUUCGAAGAGGGUCCACAAUUUCCGUUUUUCGUAGAAGGAAUCGGCGGAGACUUUGUGCCAGACGUUUUGGAUAAACAUGUUAUUGACAAAGUUAUCAAACCAGAUGAUUACGACGCAUUUAAUAUGUCCAGGGAACUUAUUCAAAAGGAAGGAUUACUUUGCGGGGGGAGUAGUGGAGCGAUAACAUAUGCAGCCAUUCAGGCAGCUAAGGAACGCAAGCUCGGACCUGACCAGAAAGUAGUGGUCAUCCUUCCCGAUGGCAUUCGCAACUACAUGACCAAGUUCGUCAACGAUCAGUGGAUGGAGGCGCAUCUCUUCAAGCCAAUUCCCAAAAGGGACUUCCCAUGGUGGACAAGAUGUAUUUCGAAUCUAAAUAUCAUCCGCACCGUGCCCAUGAUUCGUGACAGCAGCUCAUGUCUGGAGACCCUCACUGCUAUGGACACUAAGCACAACAUAGCAUUCAUCGUCAACGAAGAUGGAUUGCUCAAGGGCGUCAUUUCAAAAGACAGCUUAAGAGCUGCAGCCACGAAUCCUAAAUGUAAGACUCCACUCGAUUUCCAUGACAAGGCAAUCAAACAUGUUUUGAAGAAACACCACAAGAUUAUAGAAAAUAAGGAAAAUGCGACUGUAGGCUUAGCAGCGAGAAUACUAGACAUAGCUCCGUUUGUUGCAGUCGUAGAAGAAUACAAAAAUGGCAACAAUAACAAUCCAGGUCUAGAUCUUCAGAAGGCGUAUGAGAUCGCAAACAAACAACAAAACAAACAACAAGGCUUGGUGCGAACGGGCCACCGACCACACCCAGCGGUGGCUGUCGUGCGCUUCAGCUACUUUUGUGACAGAUUAAAUAAACAAAAUAAAAAGAUGUCUAACCAUGUGGAGGAAAACAGCACAGAAAAUGUGGUCAGGAAGUUUUUUAACCUCAAGGAAAUGCCGCAUAUCGUGAAACCCCUUGACAGAAACCAGAAAACCCAUCCUCACAUUUUAAAUGCUAUUGGAAAUACUCCUCUUGUGAAACUCAGUAAGAUACCUAAAGAAGAAGGCAUAAAAUGUGACAUGUAUGCAAAAUGUGAGUUCUUGAACCCCGGAGGUUCAGUGAAGGACCGCAUUGCUUACCGUAUGGUGCUUGAUGCCGAAGAGAAAGGCAUACUGAAGCCAGGCAAAUCCGUUAUUGUGGAGCCUACAUCUGGUAACACUGGUAUUGGGCUAGCGCUGGCUUCAGCUGUCAGAGGUUACAGAUGCAUAAUAGUAUUACCAGAGAAAAUGUCUGAUGAGAAGGUGAACACAUUAAUAGCACUAGGAGCCGAGAUUAUCAGAACACCCACGGAAGCAGCUUGGAAUGAUCCCACCAGCAACCUGAUGGUAGCCCACAGGCUGUCCAAGGAGAUCCCUGAUGCUGUCCUAUUAGACCAGUACAACAACCCCUGCAACCCGCUGGCUCACUACGACGGCACGGCUGAAGAGAUCCUAUGGUCUUUGGACGAUGACGUGGACAUGGUGGUGAUGGGUGCAGGUACCAGUGGCACUGUCUCCGGAGUCGGCCAUAAGAUCAAGGAACGCUGCCCCAAGUGCAUUGUGGUCGGCGUCGACCCCUACGGAUCCAUACUUGCCCAACCUGAGGAGUUGAAUAAGUCAGACGUACAGGUUUAUGAGGUGGAAGGCAUCGGUUACGACUUCCUACCGGCCUCACUCGACAGAGGUGUGAUAGACAAAUGGAUCAAAUCAGAAGACCACGCCUCCUUGGCAAUGGCCCGAAGACUUAUCAAAGAUGAAGGAUUACUUUGUGGUGGAAGCAGUGGUUCCGCGAUGUGGGGCGCUAUCCAGGCAGCUAAGUCGUUGAAAGAAGGCCAGAAGUGCGUGGUACUGCUACCCGACAACAUUCGCAACUACAUGACCAAGUUCAUAUCCGACCAGUGGAUGGAGGCCAGGAACUUCCAGCCUUUAGUCGUGAAGGAACACCUUCCAUGGUGGAGCAAGCCAGUAACGGAGAAUAUGGUGCAGAGCAUCAAGAGCGUGUCCCAGGACAGCUCGCCCUCGCAAGCGCUCGCCACUCUCAAGGAAAGCGGCGCGCCAGUGUUGAGCGUUGUCAACGAUAAAGGGUCUGUGAUUGGCGUGUUCACGGCGGAUAAUGCACGUAAAAGACUGGUUAACCUGUCGGGCUCGUUAACGGAAAGUCUCGAAAAAUUCACAGUGAAAAAGUUCUACAAGGUAGAUCUCGCUCACAAGCCCACACUAGGAUUGGUAUCCCGGAUGCUCGACAUUGCUCCUCACGUAGUUGUGGUUAAAACUGACGCAUCUACACACAUCGAGAGCCCAGUUGGCGUGUUCACCUCAGAGAAUCUACUGACAAGUAUCUCUACAGAAUCGAAAAUCAUGAACGGAAGCUAAAGCUUGUGUCAAGUUUUAUUUUACAAAUCAGUUAUUGGACUUAGAAUCACUUACAAAAAAAUCAGUGAAUACAUAAAUUAAGUAUAUAAUACAUGGUAUUGAUGUGUAAAUUAUUGUAAAUAUUUUUGGCUUGGAGCUUGGAUGAUCAGCAUAUCAACAUCCAAAUAUACUCUUCAGAAAUCUGCAUUUUGUCCCCCUUGGGCACAUUACCUCCAAUAAAAAGUGAAUGUAAAAGACAAUUUUUAUGAGCUACUCUAAUUAGACAGUAUUAAGUUUAGUAAUAUUCAAAUAAUGAAAACUAGAAGUAUAGAUUACUUCAACUGAAUAAAUAGUCAUACAAACAGGCACUUUUGCUAUCAAUGCAUUUGAUAAAUUUUAAGGCAGAUAUAAGGUGAAAGAAACAUUAUAUAAGAAGUAAUAUUUUCUUAUUCUGGUAAUAAAUAUGUUUAUUGAUUGA